AAUAUUUACUUCAUAUUCUUGUGCUAUUCAAUUUGUGAAAUGUCAUUUGAUUGUGUUUUAAUCUGUUUGUCUUGCCAGGAAUCACCAGAUUACGUGAGGGAUUUGAUAAGGAAGACUAGGACCUUGACUGAUAAACCAUUUGGGGUCGGUGUUGUUCUAGCAUUUCCUCACAAGGAAAAUAUAAAGGCCAUACUGGACGAAAAGGUUGCUGUAUUGCAACUUUACUGGGGUGAAUGUACAGAGGAACUAGUCCUUCAAGCUCAUCAAGCCGGUGUGAAGGUUGUUCCCCAGGUUGGGAGGGUUGAAGAAGCGAAAAAAGCUAUUGACGCUGGUGUAGAUGCGAUAAUUGUCCAAGGGCGGGAAGCAGGAGGGCAUGUAAUUGGUCAGGAUUCGUUGUUUUCAUUGGUGCCAAGAGUAGUUGAUCUUGUUGGUGAUCAAGAUAUACCAGUAAUUGCUGCUGGGGGAAUCGUAGAUGGACGUGGUUAUGUUGCCGCUUUGUCUCUUGGUGCACAGGGUAUCUGUUUAGGCACUAGGUUUCUCGCAACAGAGGAAAGCUAUGCCCACCCAACAUACAAGAGGAAGUUGGUUGAACUUGAGAACACCGAAUAUACAGAUGUAUUUGGCCGUGCAAGGUGGCCUGGGGCACCUCAUCGUGUCCUCAAAACACCUUUCUUCCAAGAUUGGAGAAAUCUUCCUAGUCAUGAGAACGAGGCCAAUCAACCAGUCAUUGGCCGUUCAACCAUACACGGCAUGGAAAAAGAGAUUCGGCGUUUUGCUGGUACCGUUCCAAACCCGGCAACAACCGGUGAUAUUGAAAGCAUGGCGAUGUAUGCUGGGCAGAGUGUAGGACUCAUCAAGGAAAUUUUACCUGCAGCUGAAGUGGUAAAGAGGCUUGUUGAAGGGGCUCAACUCCUCAUCCAUCAAAGAUUUGAUGGUGAAAUCUCAGGAAGAAGCAAAUUAGUUUGAGUAACGAUAUUCAAACAUAAUUUUUAUACAAAAUUUAUAUAUAGAAUGAUAUAAUUUCUGAUAAUCUCUUUUUAUUUCAAAGCAAAACACUUAUAAUUUCAAAAACAAUAAUGCUUAGUAGUCCGAAAAUUCUUGGUUGAAAUGACUCGAAUAUGUCAAAACGACGCCGUUUUAAUACAUUCGAGCCAUUCAAGCCUCACAAAUUCAGGUCACCAAGCAUUUUUCUUUCAAAAAAUAUUACUGUUAUAUCAUUCUGAAUGAAUUCUUUGUAUUAAAAUUAUGUUUGUAAAUAAUUUUCUAAUUGCUUUAUUAUGGCAUGCCUUGGUAUCCAUGGUCUCUCUCUCUCUCUCAUAUGCUUUUUUUCUUUUGUUUUUUAUUUUUUGUUUUAACUUGGUGGUGUAGUGGUGAGAACUUACAAAUGAAUUGGAUGUUGUAAAAAUAAAUUGUCAAAGUCACUUCAAUUGUGUGAGGCAAGUUAAUUUGCAGUAAGUGCUUGUAA